UAGCUAAAGAUAAUAAUUCCAAGAAAUUUAUAGGUUAUGUUACACAAAUUUAAUGUAAUGUCGUGUUACAAUGCGAGAAAAAAGGAUGAAGAGCUUUUAUUUAACAUUUAAACGAAUAAAUAUUUUUAAUAUGUAAAUAUUAAUGCAGUAUCACAGAAUAUUCGGCACUUUAAGUUUUAAUUUCAAUCAAAUUUCGCAAUUGUCUGACCUGUCUUGACGGUAGUAAAGAUGGCGGAUGUAACAUACGAGUAGCUGAUGUUUGCUUCGAUAUCGACGUUAAUUUAACAAAAUAGCCGCGUUAACGCAUAUUGUGCGGUGUGCGUGUGGAUGUGUGUGUGUGUUCAUGUGAAAUAAAUCCCGUUUCGAGAAAAUAUGUUAGAAAUUUGUUGAAUAUGAGCGAGGAAGCGAAUUCGGUUUCGCAGAUUUGCGAGAAUUCGCUGACGACCUUGAAGGAUGAGGUCGAUCCUGAGGAACUCCCUCCGAGAACGAUAUCACACACUACGAGAAGGUCACGAUUUCGUACGGGCAAUGUCCCACUGUCGCCUUAUAUCUUGAUCGACGGAAGGAAAUUGCGUAGCUCCCUGGCAUUGAGCAAGAAAAAGCUUCCCCGACGUGUGAGUUUCCCAACAAAUGACAAUCACUUGAUUACGGGGUAUCUGGAGCCGGCCAAUCCAUGGAUACUCGCUGAAAAUGUGAAUUGUGAAGAUGUAAUCUCAGCAUACAAGGAAUCCUGUUUAAAACACAAUUCAGAUCCCCUGGAGACUGUUAUAAAUCAGCUCGAGAAUUUAGAAACAUUUGAAAUACGAUGUGAAGAAUUAAAUUUAAAAGGAGAGAUAUUGGACAUUAAUCGUGCAGAGCCAUUGGAGGAAAUUUUUAAAAGAGUUCAAUUUGAUAAAGUUAAUUUAGAAGCCACAUCUUUGGAUGAUGAGAGUUCUGUGAUAUUAUUUGAUAUGUUAGAAUAUUAUGAAUCUGCAAAGCACUUAAAUAUUUCAUCUAAUCAAGGUAUUGGGAUUUAUGGUUGGCAAGCAUGUGCAAAUAUGAUAAGGAAGACCCAAUGUUUAGAACAUCUUGAAGCUAAGGAUAUAAUCCUUAAUGAACAAUAUAUGAAUAUCUUGAGUCGUGCAUUACGAUUAGUUUGCCAUCUACACGUGCUUAAAUUAGAAAAUUGUGGACUUUCAGGAAGAUCUAUCAUCACACUAGUUGCAGCAUUAAAAAUGAAUACUGGAAUAAGAGAACUGUACUUAGCUGACAAUGGGCUGAAUUUAUACGAUGCAAUACAACUUGGUUCUCUUCUUAGAUUAAAUAAUCAUAUACAGUUACUUGAUAUUAGUAAUAAUGUCAUUCAAGAUGAUGGUGUACGUGAUAUCCUAGAAGGUCUCAUCAAUCAAGUAAACGAGGACAAAGAUGGUAAAGGUUUAAACAUAUUAAUAUUGUGGAAUAAUCAACUGACAAAAAAAUCAUCUCCCUAUUUCGCACGUAUUAUAGCAUUAUCUAAGACAUUAGAAACAUUGAACAUUGGAAAAAAUAUGUUGACCGACGAAUUGUUAUUCAUUAUAAAAGAUGCACUGAAAAAGAAUCGUGUUUUGUUACAAUUGGGGAUACAAUCAACUGAACUUACGUGUGACGGGAUUGUUACAUUAUCUGAAAUUAUCGAAAUAAAUCACGCAUUACAAAGGAUAGAUUUGCGAAAUAAUAAAAUACGUUUGACUGGAAUGGAAACUCUCAAUUCUGCUAUGAAAAAGAAUAAAAACAUUACCAAAAUAGAUUUAGACGAUAAGCCUGAUAUAAAGAUGGGUAAUCUAACCGAUACGUUGCAUCAGUAUACGCAGCUUGUAGCUGAAAUUCGAAGCUACUGUUUGGAAAACGAGAAAAAUCAUAAAUUAGAAGAAAAUAGCGAAGGUUUUGACAAUUCAUAUCAUAGCAGAUUCUGUAGUACAACCACCCGUAAAAUUUCGCUUACUUGUCAAACAUUACCAUGUUCUUUAUCAUCCAUGAUUUCAAUACAAAAAGACGAAUCUGGACGAUCGAUGCUCGAACCGAAACGUAUUAAUGGAGGUCGCCUUCGUUCUCCAGCCCCUAGUCCCGCCUCUUCACCCAUAGCCAGUCCUAUAUUAAGUCCUUCGCGAAGCCGGUUUGUGGUGUCCCGAGUUCCAGAAACAUUACGUUCUACAGAAUCCUCAGCACCUUCGUCAUCAGUUUUUUCAUCCCUUGGAUCAUCAUCUACCUGUGUCACUUCUGCAAGUGGGUCAUCUAGAUUUCGCGUUUCAGUUGUUGAAUCAGCAAAUACCGUAUCUUUACCUAAACCUGUUAUUACUACGACUGAUGUUGAUACCACGGUUGAUCUAAAUCCGAAAGCUAAUAUUACAGAAUCGACUAAUUUAAGCUCGACAGUUAAUAUUAUCAAAUCGACUAAUUUAAGUUCGAAAGUUAAUAUUACCGAAUCGACUAACACAAGUUCGAAAGUUAAUAUUACCGAAUCGACUGACUUAAGUUCGAAAGUUAAUAUUACCGAAUCGACUGACUUAAGUUCGAAAAUUAAUAUUACCGAAUCGACUGAUUUAAGUUUGGAAGUUAAUAUUACAGAAUCGACUGAUUUAAAUGACUCGAACAUCAUACUUGCAUCUGAAGCAGAAAAGAAUAACGAUCACACUAUUGAAAGUUCUCAAAGUACUUCGAACAGCUUGUCUCGUCUAACUUUAAACGAAGUAAAAAAAGAAAUAUCGUCGUGCAUACCGACGAUACCUGGAAGUAAUCCUAAUACAAAAGAAUUAAAUACAAGUGAAUCUUUCGUUGAGACAAGAGUUGAAACUCAGUCUGAUGAUUGUGCAAGUUUUAGUAGCUUAGAAUACAAGGAAGAUGGUGUGCCAGACAAUCAAAGUAUAUCGGAGCUAUUGGAAGAUGUUUCUAUGACGAGAAAUAUCGAGAAUGUAGAAAAUUGUUCUAAUGAAAGUGCAAAAGAUACAGAAACGUAUACACUUGCUGAUAGAAAGGGGGAAAGUUCGCCUUAUAGAACAAUAAGUGAUAAAUCAAUAAUUAGUAACAAGAAGGGUCAUGAUGCAACGGACAAAGUAAUAAAUAUUAGUAUGAACGAAAGUAUAGAAUUACAGUCGCAAACAAAACACGAUCCAAUACAGAAAAGUACAUCUAACUUAGGAAAAUUGCUUUCGUUGUUUCAACAUUCUAGUUGUUUCUUUUCCGAUUCUACUCCUAUUAAUCAAUUGAAAAGUAAAAAUACGCUUCAAGGCAGCAUAAACAGUAUGAUGACUCUCGGAGAUAAAUUCCAUUAUUACAUAAAAGAUAAGAGAGAUAGGAUUUAUAAUCGUGAAACGGAGGAAUCCUCGGUAUCGCUAAAAAGUAAAUCAAAAUUUUUCAAUGUUUCCCAAUUGCCAAGUUUACAAAGUUUAGCAAAUAUGAUCCCGUCGUUUAGAUUCGAGGGUAAUUUAAAUGCUCCUGGACAAAGUAACAAGCCUUGCUCCAAGGAGGUGAAACUUUUACUUGAGAGAGAUAGUAAAAACGAUUCAAUCGAUACAGAAAAAAAGUGUGCUAAAUGUAGUAAUGAAAGCAAAAACGUAAAUGUCUAUUUAGAAGGACGGGAGUCCUCUCCUAUCUUAGAUAAUCAAUUAUUUGAAAAUGUACACACAAAAUUUCCUCCUGGUGUUACUAACAAGGACGUAGUAUUAGCUGCAAAUUGCAUUGUUUCAAAUAUAAUCGAUACUUGUUCCAAAAUUGUAAAUAAUAAUUUAUUAAUGCAUGUUUCGAAUAGCAACACGAUUGUACCUGUACCUAAAUUAAUAGGUAUACCUGAAUACUCUGCUUUAAAAGCAGCUACGAACGAUGUACAGAAACGAAAUAUAGCGAGAAUAAUAGAUAAGGUAGAUCCUGUACUAAUAAAAAAAACGAAUAAUGAAACUUUAACAGACAGUAUUAAUUUUACUAGUGAUAGCAACUCCUUGUCAUGUGGUAUAAUGUAUGAUGUAAGCAAUGAUAUGCAUACUGUACAUACGUCUGACAGAAUGCACAAUUUAGUAAUAUUAAAUUUAAGUACAAAGGAUAACGUUGAAAAUAAUUCUGCCUUUAAUGUAAAUAGUACAGAAAGUAAUACUGCAUGUUUUGUAUGUAACCAAAAAUGUGUCUGUAGUGUAAAUAAUAGACCACUUGAAUGUUAUAAUACAUCGAAGAUAAAUGUAGAAGCAAACUGUUUGAAUAAUGAAGUUACCAGAAUGUAUAGUAUUGACAGUAACAGUGAUAAAAAUGUUUUUAUAAAUGUUCAUAAUACGCCAACAAGUAACGAAGUAGAGAGAAUAAAUGUAUGCCAUGUAAAUAAUAGUACGAAUUGGGGAAGUGCAGUUGUAAAUAAUGAACGAGAAGCAAAGAUAUCAAAAAUAAAUUGUACGUGUAAAGCUAAUAAUUCUGAAUUUAGCAAUGAUAAUACACGUUCAUGUACUUCAGUACUUUAUACAAAUGUAAAUACAUCAAUAAAACGAGAAUUGAUAGAACCAUUUGUUAGAAAACACAACAAAUAUGUCGAAAUAAGUAACGUGACUGAAAUGAAAAUUAAUAGCUCUGUUGUGAAAAAUAUUAUGGAUAUGUUCAAGAAUAUGAAUAUCGUUAUGCCUAUACCAAGAGUAUACUCUUCUAUGACAAAUUUCAAUGUAUUAAUUUUUAGAGAUCUUAGACAUCAUGUAGUUGAUAUCUCUGUUAAUGAAACUCCAAUCAAAAAGCUUUCACUAGACGUUACAACUAAUAAUUGGCUGAACAAUAUUGGUAAAAUAAAGACUUUAUUUUAUGAUCUAUCUCAGAUGUCUCAUUCGUCAUUGAAUGCUAUCACUGAAAAGCCAGAAAAUAUUCAUAACAACGACAAAGCAUUAAAAAUUGAAGAAAACUCUUCAUUAGAAGAUCACAUCAAAGAAUGUGCAAACCUUCACAAUGAACAAAAAUUCAAAGAAAACGAGGCUUUUGGAAUUGUUUCCGAAUAUCCUUCUUCAGUACCUGUAAUAGUUGACUCUAUUGUCCACUCAAAAGAAGAUACAUCUUACUUGAAAGAAAAUGACGAUAUAAGCAGUAACUUGCCAGAGAAUAUUCAUAUGCUCAGUAACUUCGGAUCGAAUAUUGCUCAACAUUUAAAAUGCACAAAUUCAGACGAUAUAAAUGAUAAGACUCAUCAAUACUUAAAUGCAAUUAAAUGUGCAGUUGCUACAACUAUCUGUUCAACGGCUGUAGUGAACACAAAAGGCAAUACAACAGUUGACAUUAUUUCCGAUCAGAGUACUAACAUUGCUGAGCCUUCAUCAGUAAUCAGUGCAACCAGCACAAAAUAAAAUCAAUGAUAUUCAAGAAGA